GACAAGGGCAUUGACAAUUUUUACGGUCUUCAUUCUUGGUUGGGGCUAGUCUGCCUCUUUCUAUUUGGUUUCCAGUGGGCACUUGGGUUUUCAAAAUUCUGGUAUCCUGGUGGAUCAAGGAACAGUAGGGCAAGUCUAUUACCAUGGCAUGUUUUCUUUGGAAUAUACAUAUAUGCCCUUGCUGUUGCUACUUGCACUACUGGGCUACUAGAGAAAGUCACAUUUCUUCAAACCAAUCACAUAAUAUCACGCUAUUCCACAGAAGCAUUGGUGGUUAAUUCUUUGGGCAUGUUGAUUGUUGUUUUGGGAGGGUUGGUCACUCUUGCUGUUGCAUCUCCUGCGAAUGGACAUGCCGACAUCCU